AUUGCCAUGACAACACACACAGGCACCUCUCUCUCUAUAGAUAUCUCUCUCUCUCUCUCUCUCUCUCUCUAUAAUAUAUAUAUAUAUUAAUAUAUGUCUGGAUCUCUAUAUAUAUGCACGCGUAAAUAUCCAUCUUGCUUCAGCUCCUUUCGAAGUGGUGAGAUUACUGUAGUAGAGAGAAGACGAAGAAGAAGAAGAAGAUAAAGCGUAUUUGCCAUGGCAGCCAUGGAAUCACUGAGUAUCAAGCAGGAGAGCAUUGUGGUGGUCGACGCUGAAGGUUUUACCGGGAAGGAGAUGGCGCUGAAAGUUGAGGCGAUUAAGGAAGAGCCGCUGAUAUUUCUAGACGAUGAGUACAGUGGAAGCGGCAGUGAAGGCGGCGGAGGUGGAGGCAGUGGGUUUCAGUCUCCGGCGACGUUGGUGCCGAAGCCGAUGGAGGGGCUGCACGAAUCGGGGCCGCCUCCGUUUCUGAGGAAGAUAUUUCAAAUGGUGGAAGAUCCAGAAACGGAUGAGAUCAUUUCGUGGAGUGUUUCCAAGAAAAGUUUUAUCGUUUGGGAUCAUCACCGGUUUUCCUGCAAUCUUCUUCCCAAAUAUUUCAAGCACAAUAACUUCUCGAGCUUCAUUCGCCAACUCAAUACUUACGGUUUUAAAAAGAUAGAUUCAGACAGAUGGGAAUUUGCCAAUGAAGGGUUCCAAGGAGGGAAGAAGCAUUUGCUGAAGAACAUCAAGAGGAGGAAACAGAACCCACAAAAUUGGCAGCAACAAGGGGCCAUGAAACCAGCCUGGCUUGAUUCAGUAAAUUUCGGAAUAGAAAACGAGCUAGAAAAUCUGAGGAGUGACAAGAACAAAAUGAAAAUGGAAAUCCUGAAGCUGAAGCAGCAACAAGAGAACACAGACAGUUACUUGGCCGCCAUUAAAGAGCGCAUAGAAAAUAACGAGUGCAGGCAGAAACAGAUCUUCAUCUUCAUGGCCAAAGCUUUCACCAAUCCUGCCUUUCUUCAUCAAUUCAUCCGGCUUCUGAGGCAGAAGAGUGAGCUCUGCGACGGCCAAAUCGCGAAGAAGAGGAGAUUGGCAGCCCCUGGAAGCAAUGAAAACAGAGAUUCAAUGCAAAUUGCUAAGAAAAUUUCAAAUGGGCGGAGCCAAAAUCAGGAGGAAGUGGAAAUACUGUUCCCUGCUUCAUUGGACGAGGGGGGAAGCCCUGGCCAAGACCAGGAGGCUAAUGGAGCUUCUGGGUCAAGUAGCCCAGAUUUCUGCUCUGAUAACUACAUCUUGUGGGAGAAACUGCUGGAGGAUGAACUGAUUCUUGAGAAUGAAGCUCAGGCAGAGGCAGAAAUGGCGCAGCACCAGUCUAAGAUUGUUCUAGAACUGGAGAAUCUGAUAGCCAAGGACAUGGUGGGGCAAGUGGGUUGUGUUGAACUGAAGCUGUAAUUUCACUGGAGCAGGUUAGAGGAGAUCAGUAGAAACUUCGGAUGGAUCCAUACAUAGGCCUUUUUCUUUCUUUGAAUAGCUCACUAGUGAAGGUGCCAGCAGCAGCCUGUAUCAAAGGAACUCCUCUCUUUCUCUCUCCAUUGUUAAUUCUUACUGUGUUUUUCUCCCUUUUAUUCAACUCCUGUAAAUGUGGAGUUCUGCUUUCUAAAGCAAUGUACAAAUUAGGGCUGCCAUUUAAGUCAUGGCACAGUUUGUUCUCGUCUUUGUUACCUUCUAUACCCAAAACGUACAAGUCUAUAUAGCAGCUGUUCAUAUUCUAGUUCCAAUUUCAUAUAUAAAGUUCCUACCUGGUUAAUUUCUUCU